AUGUCUGCGGACGAGCGGUCCAUGCAUCUACCGCCCGCAGCUCGGCGAGGAAUCGCAAGGCUCCGGCCCGAACCAAGCGAGGAGCUACGGACAGAGGCCAAAGCGAAGUGCAGCGGGCCCGGUACACUAACCAACUCGCUGAGCCCCGCCGGUCACGAGCCCGCCCACCCGCGCGAGCCGCUCCGCCUCACUCACCCGGAGCCCGGCGGCGAGAGGACGGCGCGGAACCAAGCCGAGCAGCAUCCAGGCGGGCAACCCCGGGCGGCCACAAAGCCCGCACCGCUGCCGCACGCCCCGGCCGGAAGCUGCCCGAGGCUCCGCCCGGAGGACAUCCGUAGGCACUCUAGGAUAAGAAUGGGGGCCGGGGCCGUCUCCGUGUCACAGACUUCCGGGCCAGAUUCCUGCGGUCAGCCGGAGGACCCAGUGCGCAGACGCGGUGGCUGAGCGCCCUGUUUGCGCACGUGGGUGUGGGAUUAGCGGCGAGGCUAGGCAGUAGAUGUCGCCAGACUUCCCUGGAAGAGCUGGGAAAGGCAGGCUCUUUAGAGAGCUUUUAGUAAAGGUUUCUUGUUGGUUAUUAGUGAUGGUUCUGUACGUAGCUUUUGGUUGUAGCUUUGGGCAUUUAGAACAUCUUUAUCAUUAUCUUAUGUGUGUAUGCCUAUGGUGGAAGGACAACUUUGAGCCGCUGUGCCUAAGACACAUCUUUGUAAUAAACCACUGGAGACUCAGAGUAGUGAAAUCGGGACAGUUUAUUUUACAACUUUGCAAAGUCAAGUGUGAGCCUAGAAUGUCAAGCUCACUGAUGGAGGCAGAGAUUUAUUUUAUUGUGUGUUUUAGUGUUUUUUGCAUGUGUGUAUGUCUGUGUACCAUGUGUGUGCUUGGUAUUCUUGGAGGUCAGAAGAGGGCAUUAUAUUCUCCUGGAAAUGGAAUUAUAGACACAGUCCUUAGCUGCCCUGUGGGUGGUGGAAAUCAAACCAGGAUCCUUUGGAAGGGCACCAACCAACUGCUUGAUCUUAACCCCGAGGAAUCUCGUAGAAGGUACAACCGUAAGAGUCAUCUA